AUGCUCUCCCGCACAGCUCCCCGGGUCCUCCGCUACACCGCACGGUCUUCAAACCGUCUCUCCUGUACCAGUGCCCCUUCCCGCACCCUCCGCCCAAGCUCCGGCUCCAACUCCAGCUCCAGCUCGCUCGCAGCUGCAGCUGCAACCCGCUCGUUCCACUCGACCCGGUCCUUCGCCAAGGGCCUCCAGCCUGACUCGGAGGAUCCCCAUCCGCCGCAGCCUCAGGCGCCUGUCGCUGGUGCCGCGGCACAUGUUACGGAGCCGAGUCCGUUGACGCCAGAGGAGUACUAUGAGUACUCUGAGCACUACUUUAAUGUUCUGCUUGCGGCAUUGGAGAAGGUGCAGGAAGAGGGAAGUGAUGUUGAGGCGGAGUAUAGUGCCGGCGUGCUAAACAUCAUCACCCCCGCACAUGGAACCUACGUUUUAAACAAACAACCACCCAACAAGCAAAUCUGGCUUUCCUCGCCCAUCUCCGGACCGAAGCGGUACGACUGGAUCGUCGAGGGCGACCGCAUGCACGAGAAGCAGGAGACUCGCGAGUUUGUCCAUGGGCAGUGGAUUUAUCUGCGAGAUGGAUCCAAUCUGACGGAUUUGUUGAAUGCGGAGUUGACGCUUAACCUGCCUAAGGAUAUUUACUCGCAGGUUGUGGAAUAG